UGCGAGUAGAAAUAGAAAGGAAUACCGGAGUAUGUGAGAGUGCUUUAGAGCUGUCACUAGAGUGAACACUCAGUAACGGGCUCGGAUUUAUGCUUUAACACCACAAUGAGUGACCAACGCUAUCCUCUGAACAUCCGAAUAAUCGGCAUCAUGUAUAAAGACAAGAGCAAAUUGUACGUGGCAUCUGUGAUGUGGUCGGAUGAGACUGACGUGAUUGUAUACAGGUCCCUCCGAGACUUCAAGCAACUUCAUAGGCAAUUAAAGAAGAAAAUUCAAAUGGAAAACUCAUUUCGCCAGCAAAACAGAGUGCUGCCCAGAUUCGGAGGUUUCCUGAUGAAGCUGAACCUCCAGAGGAAGACUCCAGCUCAGUGUGUGCAGCGUGUAAAGGCUCUGGAGUGCUACUGCACAAAGCUGCUGUGCUGUGAGCCACAUAUCUCUCGAUCCUCUGAUCUCAUUCAUUUCUUUAUUCCCAACGCAGAAGAGCUGCUUCCAGAGUUUGUGCAAAACAGCAUUAUGGUUUUUCAACCAGAAGAUAACCCUAACAGAGUUGACCAGAGCAGUAAGCGUUUCAGUGUUGGGAACGUGUCCCAGCCAUAUAUCACCAAACUGUAUCGGUGUGUAGCUCCUUAUGAGACCAAAGACACUAAAAACAGACCAUUUAGUGUAAAAGUGGAUGAAACGCUGGAAGUUCUCAUUAAAGAUAAAGCAGGAUGGUGGCUGGUAGAGAAUGAAGAGAAGCGUUUAGCCUGGUUUCCCGCUCCCUAUUUGGAGUUGUGUGAGGAUGAAGACGAGGGAGAUGAUGAGUUUGACAGUGAAGGUGGUCAAAUGACUAUUUACUGUGCUAUUAGGAACUACACCUCUACCAAGAUGGAUGAGCUAUCAGUGUACAUUGGAGCACUGGUGAAGGUUAUUCAGAAGUCUGACGAUGGCUGGUGGCUUGUUAGAUAUAAUGGAAAGGAAGGUUAUGUGCCCUCUAUAUACCUGCAGCCAUACACAAACCCUUUGUUUAGCAUGCGGAAAAUGUUGCACAGCUCCAACCUAAACCUGUCCACUUUAUCAACCAUGCUGUCUUACCCCACCAACAAGUCUAACUUCCGCAAGUCCCAAUCUAUGGAGAUGAUAUCCGAACUACCUGGCCACAGUGCUCCAGGCCAACGUGAUGAAUCCAACAGCCGCAGUAGCAGCUUAAGCGAUGACACUGAAUUCUGCUCCAGCUCCUCUGUGUCUCUGGGCCUGAGUCUGAAUGGCUAUGAAGAGGAAGAGAACCCAAGACAGUCAGAAAUAGAUACAGAAUCAGACAGUCCUGACAGUGCUCUGGGUAUGGAGAUCCAAAGCCCUACCAAUUCUGAAACGAGCAGUCCUUCCAAACUCUACCCACAGGUGCCACCUCGACCACAAACCCAAGAAAUUCUCACCCGCUGUACCACUUACACCAGAAAGUCAGCCCUGGAAACCCAAGCUCGUCUAUUUGAUAGAACGGAGACUAAGGCCCUGAGAAAGAAUAGCAUAUGUUUUUUUUAACAAAUGUUUGGUGAUUCUGGACUGAUCCCAUGCUAACCUAUGACACUAUUAUUUCUGUCUGGUACAGUAAAUAUGUUUGAAUACCAUCAUGUCUAUUAUUUUUCCUCUAGCUGAUUAUAUGCUAUUCAUCGAAUGUCCUGUUUAACCAUUCAUUUCUAAAGGGAAAUGAAUGGUUGCUUAAAUACUAACAUAGUAUGAAAACACCAUUUAAUUACUUCCACUGGUAAGACAGGUUCUAUUCUUAAGAUAGGUUUAAUAAUAAUAUGUUUUCCUUUCCUUUUUUCGGUCACAUGUCAUGUCGUACAAUAGGGCUGUCAAGGUGUCAGACAGAAAGCAGGCUGGUAAUUAAUUUUUAAAAAUUCUGUAUUCUUCCUGAAGCUGUACUGUGUCUUCCAAGGGUUUGUAAUCCAUAUCAAAUCAUGUUACAUUGGCUCCUGUCUAAAUGAAAAAGCCUUAUGCCUGUGUUCUACUGUAUACUGUAAUUGUUUACAUUCUAACAUUUUGCACCACUCAGAAUAGAAUGUGUGCUGUGGUUCCUUUUUUGAGUAUAGUUCAUCUCAAAGUAUUUUCUCAUGUAUUUUCCUUGCCACAUUCAUCUAUGGCUUGUUCAUUUGGUAUUAGGUAAUUCAUAAAGAGUUUUAAAGCUUCUUAGGUUCCUCUGUAACAAAAGUUAACAUACAAAGGAAUCUGUAACUUGGUAUAUCUCUCUGAAUACAUGACUGCACCAUCAGCUUAAACAAUCAGCUGUAUACUUUAUAAGAAAUGGUAUAAACAAGGUACGAUUUCCUGAAGUACUAUUUGUCUUUUUGUAAAUUCUAUUACCUGCUGUAUGCAAGGAAAUGGAUCUGAUUUUCAUUGUCGUGUUCCUUGUAUGUCAGCCUCUGUUUGACCUCUAUUUAAGGUUUGUGUGUCAUGUCAUUUCACUUGUCAAAACAUUGAUGAAUCUAGUGUAGCAAACAAAUAUGUAGGUUUGUCUAAGUAAAUAAAUUAUUCACAGUCCACCUAUGAAGAUAUUUGAAUAUUGUAAGUGAAUAAAUGUAUGUAUUCAGUCUACAUUUCAGACAUUAAAGUAUUGUAUGCAAACUUAUUUACAUUUUAUACAAUAUUUAGGUUAGCAGCAGUUAAAUGGGUGAAGCAAGACCAAAAUACUACAUUAGUUCAACAGUAUGGGAUUAUGUUGGAAUUUAAUUAAGUAUUUCCUAACUUUUAAGAAGCUUGGCUAAUUAUAUAAGUACAGCUAUGACAUUCAUUGUGUUUUCAUCGUGUUUUGUCUUUCAGCAGUAAUAAUAAAAU